CCCCCUCUGCCCCCGCCCUGCCACGCCCCUCGGCUUCCUCCCGGGCUCUGGCACCCGGGCCACUCGGAGAAGGAGCGGGCCAGGCAGCGGCUGCAGCAAUGGCAGGGAAAGAGUUGGAGCGGUGCCAGCGGCAGGCGGACGAGGUGACGGAAAUCAUGCUCAACAACUUUGACAAGGUCCUGGAGCGUGAUGGGAAACUGGCGGAGCUGGAACAGCGUUCAGACCAACUCCUGGACAUGAGCUCAACUUUCAACAAGACAACCAAGAACCUGGCCAAGAAGAAGCGCUGGGAGAACAUCCGUUGGCGUGUCUACUUGGGGUUGGUGGUGGGCGGUGGCCUGCUCAUCAUCCUGAUUGUGUUGCUGGUCAUCUUCCUCCCACAGAGCAGUGAGGGCAGCAGCACCCCACAGGCCCAGGACACAGGUGCUGCCUCGGGGCCUGGGGACUGACCCAUUUGGGCCUCAAAGAGAGGCUGAAUGGCCACACUGGCUGGUUCGGUCUCUGAAGAACCUUGGCAUUUGCUCCCAUCUGAGCCACCCCAGUGAGCGCCUAAGGGCAGCCCUGACAUGUGCACCUUUGCAUCUCUUAUCACGCCACAGACUAGCCCGUGAGGGCAGCCUGCUGCACUGGUCAUGCCAGGCCAGCCCCACUUGGAGCUCAGUAAACGCUGCUGCUUGGUUAAAAGCUGCUGUUUGGUUGACAGCUGGUGUGUGUGUGUGUGUGUGUGUGUGUGUGUGUGUCUUUGCAAGUCUCCAGGUUGGUUCAUUCUGCUCUGCUUCCACCCCUUGGGUCGCUUAGAAAGGCUACCACCCGAAGGACUCCAUCCUUGGGAAGUGUCCCUUCCUCUCAUUUCCCUACUUGAUCCAACCCAACACAGACAGAUCCUUCUGGACCACAGGUGUAAAGACACAACGGUCCCCAAACCAGACCCUUCAACUGGUGCCCUCUGAGCCUAUUUCCCUGAGAAUGAAAUCUAUUACUAUUCUGAUAUCUUGGGGAUUCUCAGAGGACCAAUGGGACUCUAGAUGGGAUGACAAAGAGGAAAGCACAUCAGAGAUUUUUUCUUUUUUUUUUUGGUACGUGCCCCUAGCGGGAACCGAACCUGGGACUCUCUGGUCUGCAGGCCAACACUCCAACCACUGAGCCAAACCGGCCAGGGCACAUCAGAAAUUUUUAUAUCUAAAGGCAAGAGGCUAGACAUUUUGUCCUCUGAACACUUCCUCCUCCCCAAUUUCUCUGCCCAUGUUUUUCCUCAAGCUUUGCCUCAGAUCACAGAUGAGGCAGGUGGCAAUGAAAAUGGGAAGGGUUUCGGGGGUGCAGGAUGACCUGGCGUUUGCCCUGUAGGAAAGAAUGUGGUCUUUUUAAAGCUACAGGGCCAAGUGGGCAGUGUCUUCAGGGCCACAGGAAAGAUCAUUGGGUCAAGGCCAUGGAAGAAGAAAAGAAGGCCCUACCCAGACCUCGAUAGCAGAGUAACCCAUGCCUGGGCUACUUAACUGCAUUUCAGGCUCAAGUGUGGGUGGGAAUUCAGGGCCCAAUGUGUAACAGAAGCAGUUCCUAGCUAAGUAGAGAGAAGGCUACUCAAAGAGAAACAAAAAAAACCGAGAGUUGUGUGGAUCCCUCACAGAGCUCAUUACUUCUGAGGCAGGAUAAUAAGAAGCUAGGGAAAUUCCUUGGCAAGUGGAAUGGGAACAAAUUGGCAGAGCAAUUUAUAGCCAGAUACCAAAGGUCACCAGGGUGGAAAUGCCCAGCUGCCUAGCAAUGGACAAAGCUGAUGCUGAACCUUGCCCCCAAGGUGGCCUUUCCUCUCCUGGCAUAUUGAUGGCCAUGCGGAUGAGACUACCCCUGACCUUUCCUCCCUAGAGGUAACAUCUAGGCCUCAGCUGUAUUUCAGCUCCAGGCUCAGAAAAGCAGCAAAACCAGGCGGGUGACUCCAGGAUCAGCUUCAAUGAAAAUGACCCCUCUGCUCUGCCGCUCACUGAUCAGUUGAGACCACGCCGGCCCUGAAAGGAUACACCUGCAAAAGCUGAGGAAUAUUCUAUUGAGAUCCUUGCCUAAGACCUCCCCUAAACUCCUGGCCUUUAAAACCCUAGGACCCAGGGUGUGCUCUCCCUCCUGGGAAUACACCCCCUGCCUUUCCCUUUCCCCUCUUUCCCUCACAGGUGUGCAUCUUCUAAACUCUAAGGGACUCCACGAGACUUGCAACCAGGGCAGCAGUGGGCAGGGCAGCUCAUCCCAGGCUAACCCCCUGAACCUGUCCCAAGGCCCCCUUUUAUCCGACUCUCUAGUGAGCUGAGCUGAUAGCAGCCCCACCCUGGCUCGCUUCUUUCCCAUGUUUCUGGAGCCAUAGCAGCUCCGCCUAGGCUCUCUCCUGUGGCUUCUUACACCCCAAGCCCUUUCUUGUUUCACUGCCCCCAGCUUUAAUAAACGUA